AGUGAGCACGCAAUAGGGAGCUAGCUGCAGACUGACAUUUCAUCAGCAGCCACGUACCGAGAGCAAGGAAGAGAGCCUAGCUUAUUAUUACGGUAUAUAUUUCACAACACCUAAGGCAGGCAACACAGUUGCAAGUCCUGCUUAUUGAACCCAUACGCUUUAAAAACUUUCAUACGCGUUCCUGUAGCAGCAUGUCACAUAUUUGGCAUUCAGUAUCAAUAAUCAGCCGUAUUGCAUCAGUAUAAUUUGCUUAGCUGUUUUGGAAAACCGAUUUUAAUACCCAAUGUGAUAUUUCCUCGUUUGGAAUGAUGUGGACCUUUCACGACUGUAUUGGAUUUGUUUUCUUUUUCAGUUUCUACAUUCAGUUGGGGUUUUCGUCUCAAGCAAAGUUCACCGAACUACCAACAAAUGUAACAGCAAAAGAAGGUCAAAACAUAGAGAUGUCAUGCGCUUUCCAAAGUGGACUGUCACCAGUCUAUCUGGAGAUUCAGUGGUGGUUUAUAAGAACGCCAGAGGAACAAAUCAACAGUGAAGAGGUUGCUGGGACUCAGGUGGAAAUUGUACCAGGAAGAGAUCCAGAAGAUGAUGGGACUAAAAUAAGUACAGUAAAGGUACAAGGAAAUGACAUUUCCCAUAAGCUACAAAUUUCCAAAGUAGACAAAGACGAUGAGGGUCUGUAUGAAUGUAGGGUGACCGAUGCCAACUAUGGAGAGCUCCAGGAAUACAAAGUUCAGGCUUAUCUACAAGUAAACGUCAGCAAUAACUCAAGAAAUACGCAUGCACUGGAGUCAUCGCCUUUGCAUCUUCAGGAUGGAAAGUCACGCAGAAGCAGUAAUGCAGCUGUGGCAAACAGUGGAGGUAACCCUGACAACCAUCGUCUUCACUCCACCUACAGUUCUCAGACAACAACAUCCACAAUUCUCAAACACAGUCCUGGUUCAGGUGCGAGGAUAGCCACAAGCUACGGACUUGCUGUCCUGCUUUUUGUUUGUGGCUUUGUGAAGGGUGCUUUGCUAUAGUUUAAGUGCUGACUUUUUCCAAUAUCACUUUCUCUUCUUAAAGCAAAGAGAAAAUUGCCUGCUAUUUUCAUGGAACGGACAGCACAGCUGACCAUAACUUCCAACCACUCUGCACCCAAUGCAUUCUAAUUAUCUACACAAGAAGUACCUUUUUCAAGUCAAAAGAAGGGGAGAAACUGUUGUACUGAGCAUACAUUUUAAGCUCCCACAGUUAACGGGAACUGCUGUUGCCUACUUCAAUAUUCUUGACCUUUCUCAUUUUUUUUUUGGCAAAAGUUUACAGUCAUAUUGUAACUACGUGGAGGUUUAAAAAAAAAAAAAACCAACAACUGUGUUAUAUAUUUAAAUGUGUGUUCUUUUGGCGAUGUAGUUUUCCUUUCAAGACACCUUGAACAAUGUAUUGCUUUGAUAUGCUGUUCCUGUUCAAAAAUUGUUUUAUGAUCUUUGCUUUCUUAGUCUCUGGUAAAGAAAAAAAUGAAUGUGAUUUUGUGAUUCAGAAGUUUAUGCUUUAAUGUGAAAUGUGUUUUAAUACUGGUUUGCAAUUUUACAAUGAUUGAUCCAUGUCUAUAUUCUGUGUUUAUUCCUUAAAUAGCACAUCAUUAUUUGUUUGGGUAACAAUAUUACAUAAUACAAAUUACUUUUUUCAGUUAUCAUUGAACUUGCAUUAAAGUGUAUUUAAAAGUGGUUAAUACAGUAUUUAAAUGAUGCAUAUCAAAUGAUUGCCAAAUGUCAUAUCAUGAGUGCUGACGAGAGGGGAGAAGGGGAGACAGCUCUACCAGGGCCUCAAGCUCAGGGGGCCCCCCAGAAAUUACAAUUAAAAAAAAAUGUACAUGAUCAUUUUCAUAUUAGACUCAUUUAGAAAAACUAUAAAAAGCUCAGAAUAAACAAUCACAAAAUAUAUAACGACUUCAGUUAAAUAAGCAUAACAUACUUUGUUAUAUCUUUUUACACAAAUUCAGGGGGAAAAGCAACAAUUGUGCUACUAUGUCUUUAUAACCUCCAAAUAAAUAUUAGUAAAAAUAAUAUAGCAUUAUAUAUAUUACCCUUUUAAAACGACUCCUAUGUGUUUUUCUGCAGCACGGACAGUGCACUGGGGCAGCUGCUCAGUAGCUGCCUUCCACUUUUGACAGGCGGUUUGCAGAGGCAUAUAUUGUACGUCCAAGUUGGUGAUUUGUUAUUUUAACAAAAUAAUUCAGCACACAUUCAUGUUAUUUCAAUAGGCACGCAUAGUAGACCCAUAAUGGACUUCCGGUGAAAUAGUUUUUGUUUCAGAUAUCUUUAAGUUAAAUUAAAACUGAUCAAUAAAAUGAAUUAAUAUAUUUUUCAGUUUAAAUUAAAAAAUACAAAGGGGGUGAAAGGUGAUGUACUGGUGCCCACAUUUCUCUUGAUCGGUCUGUACAUCUAUGAAUCAGCCAGCAGCAUACACUAUUAAAUACUCUUUAAAAGUUACUAAAAAAUACUGUAAUAUUCAUUAUGAUGUCUGUAUCUGCCAGUUUACCAGUUUAUUGAUGUUAUUUUUUAAAGCACAACCUAGUAUGAAGUUUUGUGGAGCUGCUAUCCUUAAAAACUAAAUAGAAAAAGAUACCUUUUGCUAAAGAUUCAAACAGUUUUUAUGAAAAAUCUGCUAUAAUGAUGGCAGUGCCAUAAUUUAAAUGAUAUCCUAGGGAUAGUGUAAUUUAACUAUUAUGCAAAAAAAAAUGUAAUUGGUUUCUAAGUAAACUGGGACAGAAUCACACACAUAAGAGUUUUUAGUAAACAUUGUCACAAACUAACAUAUUUGACAAAAUCUCUUUUUUUAAUUAAUAAGCUUAAUUAUCAACACAUUUUAAUUAUAUUUUGUAGUAGCACAUUCUGCUGUGUCUCAGUACAUAGCUACAGAACCCCUAAAGGGACACAGUGUGAAUUAAAAGAGAAACUUAGUAUCUGGUAAGCAUGAGCUAGUGCUUAAUUGUGGCAGCCUUAUUCGAUUUUCUCUUCUUUUGUAAUUUCUCUGUCAGUCUUUGCAAUACUGUCAGUUUGGAAGAUGUGACGUCAUUUUGCGUUGCAGUUGCACCCACUUUCUGAGAACAAAAGCGUGAUCGGGCUCGAUCAUCAAUGUGUCGGUCCCAGUAAUAACUCGCAAAUCACUGAGACACACAUGACUCAAUUUACUGAUUAUUAUGAAGACUUCCAUGAGGUAAAAUAGCUUUCUCUUGCGAGUUAGUCUUCAGGACCUAUGAACUGUUGUAUGACGUAGCCUACUGUAUAAUGCACAGGGCAUAUAUGUGCAUAUUUUUCUUCAUGAUAAAUAGAGAUAAAUAACUUGCAAAUCAUGAAACAUGACUCAAAUUACUCCUUUCCCAUUUGGUUUUGUAACCAGGUAAAAUGUUCCAGACAGUAAGAAAAUACAAUUGGAUGCAAUAAAUAAUAUAUUUAUGUUAAAAUAGCAUGAGUCUAAAAGCACACCAGUUUUACAUAGUUUUUAUGCCAUGAGGAAAAUACAGUGAUUGUCUCCUAACCUAUCCACAAGAACACCCGGUGUCUGCUGCAGUCAGCAAGAUAAUAAGUUGUAUGCACAAGAUACUAACCUUUUUUAAUUCACACCAUGUCCCAGGGGUUCUGUACAUAUCUUAUGCCUUAUGAAUAAAACAUUUUUAACUGAUUCAAAUUUAUUGCAGUGCCACAGGUAUUUUGGUAUUAAGACUUAAUCACUAGAACUGAAAUAUUGCAUUUUAUUUGCUUGAAAACAUUAAAGCUAUUGUGAACGAGGGAUAUGAAUUGAAAAUAAGUUGUUUACAGUUUCCAUUCACAUUAGUAAAUCCAUCCAAAAUAGUAACACAGAAUCUGAGUUUCCCCUUGAGAAUGUCUAUUGUCACUGCAAUUUUGUGAUAUUAUAAUAUUGGUGCUGUUUAUUUUGACUAUUGCAGUUUUGAGUCUUUGUUUUAGUUUAACAUUAGUAAUCUAAAUGUUCUCAAUUGAGUUGUGGUAGGGUAGCGGCAGAAAUAGCAGAUGCAGAGGUGGAAGACUGUAGUUCAGUGCGGCUGAGCACUUUUAUUAAAUAACAAGAACAAACAAACCAACUAAUCAAAAUACAAAUCAAAAACCCACACCCAAGCAGCACUAUCACGGUGCCUCAGCAGGGAGCACAUCCUGCUGCUCCCAGUCUUUUCCCUAAACUAACCCCAAACAAUAAAGGAUCUGGACCCUCUUUUAAACCAUGUAGCUGGGCUUAAUUGAUCAUAUAAUUAAUCAAUUAAGACCCAGACACAUUCUACACAUUGAUCUGGCAGGAAUGGCAUUUUAACCUCAUCCCUACCAAACUUACAUGCAAAAUAUAUCAAACAUUUUUUUCAACAAAAUACACAAUGUAUACAUUUCUACACGGGCAUAUUACCUUUAUGUGGGACCUAUAAAUAUUGCACAGAAUCAGAUGGAUUUUAAAACCUUAGGGACUGCAACAUUAACCCUUUAUCGAUAGUAUGACCAUAUGAUUACAGCUUAUUUAGUGUUACAUAUACAAUGGGCUUAGCCGAUGCUUGGUACCCCUUUCCCCACAGUCCAACAACCUCACACUGUGGUGCUCCUUGUCUUCCCUUCCCCCCCUUCCUUAGAAGCAGCAAUCCACAUGCACCCCUAAUCAUUGAGGUGUCUGCAGCUGUCCUCUUGGAAGUCUGUUGAUUGUCCCAGGGUGGCUUCCUCUGUCCCCAGGUAAAUGGGACCUACUCCAGCUAGCCCAUUCUCCGGCUAAGCUCCUGCAACACAGACUCUAUUUGCAGACUCUAUCCGAAGGUCUUGCGUCUCCUUCCACAGUGCUCCCAACUCUGCUCAAAAGUAUUGCAUCUUCAGCAGUUGUUCUCCUACAUUCUUUAUGAUCGAAUAAAUAUUAAUACAGACUUAAAAAUAUUCCCCAGGUGUUCCUUGCGAUCCAUUUAAGUCACACAGUAUGUUAGCAGAGGGUUUUGUAUUUUAUAGCACUCGCUGCAGUACCCUUAGCAUUACAAAAACAUUAUUACCAACAGUUUUAAAAAGAUAAUUAUAUAAACUCAUUAUAACACAUGCUCUAAAGGGGCAUUUUCUCAUACCAAAACACCAGCCAAACGGUGCUGAUGUAAAAAAAUAAAUAAAUAAAUAAAUCCUGCUUGCAUGGAGCCAACCCCUCCACCUGUAUGUUUGGCCUGUAUGUUUGCCCCGCCAAAAUUCUUGACCCCCCCACACCCAAGCCCCAAAAACCUCCCAAAAACAGCACUCCCUCCUGUUCUCUCAUUUACUUACUGACAGCCAAAAAGCAUUCUUUCUAAUUUCCCAGAAUGGUGAGUGGUGUUUGCUGCACAACAUACAACAAACAUACAGGUCAAGGACUGUUACAAGACAUGAAACUGCUGCAAGCAACAGUACCUUGCAUGUUGCAUAAGCACAAAACUUUGAAGAUACUGCAGCCAGAUUGGUGUAUCCCAUUUCUUUUCAACCUACAACUCAUUGCACUGAAAUUUCGAUAUGAUCGAUUCAAUAUUAACACAGAAGCUGUAUCUGCUAAAAAAGGUCCUCCACCUCUAGCUCUGGUGUUACUCGCUACCCAUUAAAGUCACACAGUUGCAACAUCCUUAGCAUUUAAAAAAAUGUGUAUUAUCAAUAGUUGAGAAAGAUUAAUAGAAUUUGUAUUAAAACAAAAUAAUGAAGAAACUCAUUGUCGUGGAACAAGUCUCAAUAGAUAACCAGUGCUGUUGGUUUUCAAAGCUAACCAGUAAUUCAAAAUCAGUAUGUUUCUUGCUUGUCUAUAAACCAAUAUCCUAUAACUUUUUUUUUAAGUUAUGAUAAUCCUGAUUGUUUUAUAAUGGGCUAUAUGCAUGUUAUUAUAUGUUUAUUUUGCUAGCUCUAACCAUCAUUCCCCUCUUCAGAAAGUGACACGACAAGGGAAAGGUGUUGAAUCCAGAAGCAUAUUCCAACAUCCUCAAGGAAAUACUUUACUUUUUCCAGAACCAACCAUUGUCCUCUUUUGGCUCCAUUGAUAUUUUAAGAGCUUUUAUCAGCAACACACCUGUCAACUACUAAUUACUCAGUCACCAAAGACAUCAAACAAUACUGUAUAUUAUCAAACGACAUGAAAAUUAGAAUCAUUGGCCAUGUAAUUAUAUUAGGACUGCAUCAUCUGAUAAAAAGGAGACACACUAUUUAAUAAGUAGGAUUGGUUAAAUUAUCCAUGGGGCUCAGGAUACUUAAUGAGCUUCAGUGUUAUUCAUUGUUAACUUUUGUCCACUGUUGAUGAUCUCCUCUCAGUUUGAUAGGCCCUUAAUGGACCAGAAAGCAAGAACAGAAAACUAUUGUUUAAAUAAAGUACAAAUGAUAAUGUCAUUUAAGGUGUAUACAUUUCUUCUUAAAAUAAAUGUUACAUAAAAUGCC